AUAACCCAACCUCUUUUGCCUCAUUAGUUUCUCUGCCUAGAAAUGACUUGUGAGACCAAGACAUGGUUGGUUAUUCCUCUUCUUUUCUUGGCUGCAAACUACAUGCAAUAUUGUGUCCAAGGAGAACCCCAAGUGCCAUGCCUUUUUAUAUUUGGUGACUCUCUGUCUGAUAGUGGAAACAACAAUAACCUUCCAACUUCUGCAAAAUCUAAUUACAAUCCAUAUGGGAUCGAUUUCCCAAUAGGCCCAACGGGAAGAUUUACCAAUGGCCGAACUACAAUUGACAUAAUUACUCAAUUUCUAGGAUUUGAGAAGUUCAUCCCACCCUUUGCAAACACUAGUGGUUCGGACAUACUCAAAGGUGUGAACUAUGCAUCUGGUGCAGCUGGAAUUCGUGCCGAGUCCGGGGCGAAUCUGGGUGCUGAGAUCAGCUUGGGUUUACAGUUAAGAAAUCACAGAGUCAUAGUUUCUCAAAUUGCAACCAGACUUGGAAGUCCAGACAAAGCUGAAGAAUACCUUCACAAGUGCUUGUAUUAUGUAAACAUAGGCAGCAAUGAUUACAUAAACAAUUAUUUCCUUCCCCAGUUCUACCCAACAAGCAGCAUUUAUACCCCUGAGCAGUAUGCAGAAGCUCUGAUUGAAGAGUUAUCUCUGGAUUUACUGGCUCUACACAAUGCUGGCGCAAGAAAGUAUGUGUUGGUUGGGUUGGGCUUUAUAGGUUGCACUCUAAAUGAAAUCUAUACUCAUGGGACAAAUGGAUCAUGUGUUGCAGAGGAGAAUGCUGCUGCAUUCCUUUUUAAUGACAAGCUUAAAUCUCUGGUGGAUAUUUUCAAUAACAAGUUCUCUGCUAAUUCCAAAUUCAUCUUUAUAAACAGUACAUCCCAGGCCACUGAGAAUUCAAUUGGCUUUUCAGUUACAAAUGCUGCUUGCUGUUCAUCGGGGUUGCAUGGAGAGUGUAUUCCUGAUCAAAGGCCAUGCUAUAAUAGGAGUGAGUACUUGUUUUGGGAUGAAUUUCAUCCCACUGACGCUUUCAACCUACUCACAGCAAUAACAUCUUAUGAUACUUCUAAUCCAUCCUUCACUUAUCCAAUGGAUAUCAAGCACCUUGUUGACCAAGAAAUUAACAUGGAAUUUGAGAUCAUAAAUGAGUUCACAGCACAUCUUAGUGCAUCUCAAUGA